AUGGCGUCUUUGAAAGGAAAAGUCAUCAGCAUCACCGGUGGUGCAUCCGGAAUGGGACGUGCCUUGGCACAUUUGGCAGGGGCUCGGGGCGCAAAACUAGCCCUAGCAGAUACCCAGGAAGACCUAUUAACCCGACUGAUAGAUGAUUUGCGACAAAAGGAUAUCGACGCAGUGGGGACUGUGGUGGACAUCAAAGAGUCGCAGCAAGUCAACCACUGGGUGUCCUCGAUCAUAUCGCACUUUGGCACACUGCACGGAGCGGCAAACAUGGCGGGCGUGGCGGGGAUGAACCGGAGUACCGCAGCUCUCGAAGACACCUCAGACGAGGGGUGGAACCACAUUCUCGCCGUGAACCUUACAGGAACCAUGAACUGCAUUCGGGCCCAAAUAAAGGUCAUGAGGGAGGGCGCUUCGAUAGUCAAUGCUGCCAGCACGACCGGACUGGCCGGCCGGCCGAACCUCUGCGCCUACUCGGCAAGCAAGCAUGGCGUUGUUGGGCUUACACGAUCGGUCGCGGCGGAGGUCGGUCAUAGAGGAAUUCGCGUCAACGCUGUUGCCCCAGGCGCGAUUAGCACCCCAAUGCUGAAGAGCGUCUUGGCUGAGGAAGGUAAUACGGAUCAGCGAUUUUGGACUUGUCCGUUACAGCGUGAAGGAAAGCCGGAGGAAGUAGCGCGGGCGGUCGCCUAUCUCCUUAGCAAUGAAGCAAGCUACGUCACGGGGACAGUUCACACUGUCGAUGGUGGUUUACUGGCAUGA